UCUCAAGUCCUCACCAUCUUUUCACCAGUUGGGGACGCUACGAAGAAGGUCCAAAAAGGCAGUGAGGGGAAACGGAAACGGACGAUCCGAAGAACGCACCCACCCACUCCUCCGUCGCUCUAUUUCUCUCUCUAAAACCCUCUCUCUCUCUCUCUCUCUCUUCAGAAUCAGUGACAGAUACAGAAAAGGAAAAGCAGUGCUGUGUUCUACGCUUUCCCUCAUCGAUUCUGCUGUGAGCAGCUAUUGCAUUUCGGUUCGAUCUUCGAGGUGGUGUCUGCUGUUCGAUCAAUGGCGAGGAUUUAGACUGCUCAGAGGGGGCUAGCAGGGAAGUUCCAAGGAAUUUUCUGAGUUUAGGGAGCUCCGAUCAUGGCGAUUGUCGAGAACGCCGCGAUUAGCGUGGUACCGUCGGAAUCGCGGGCGAUCGACGAUCUCGAUCACUCAAAGCACGGCGACGACGGCAGCAAUUUGCGGCCGGCCGAUCAGAACGGUUUUCACAAGCAUCAAGUGAUCAGUCAGCAGCGCGGCAUAGAAGGCAAUGGCGUGCCGAAUCAUCAGAACCAUCAGCGAUCCAACGGCCUGGAGUUGAUGGGAAAUGGGGAAGACGGCGGGGAGGGUUUUAAGCGUGACAUUAGGGAUUUGGAGGAACUGCUGUCCAAGCUGAACCCCAUGGCUGAAGAGUUUGUGCCUCCUUCGCUGUCCAACAAUCGGGCACCGAAUGGCAACUUCGCUUACGCGAGUAACCUUGCAAUGCAUACUCUCGCCGGCAAUGCCAAUGGACAUACUAACAGGCGGAAGAAGAAUAAUUAUAGUCAGGGUAAGCGGAGAAUGAACAGUCGAACAGGUAUGGCUCAGCGAGAAGAGGUAAUUAGGCGGACUGUGUAUGUCUCUGACAUUGAUCAACAGGUUACUGAAGAACAGCUUGCGGCUUUAUUUAUUAGCUGUGGACAGGUUGUUGACUGUCGAGUGUGUGGUGAUCCUAAUUCUGUUCUGCGUUUUGCUUUUGUGGAGUUUACAGAUGAGGAAGGUGCAAGGGCUGCUUUGAGUCUAGCAGGCACUAUGCUUGGAUAUUACCCAGUAAGAGUGCUGCCUUCAAAGACUGCAAUUGCACCUGUUAACCCAACAUUUUUGCCAAGGUCUGAAGAUGAACGCGAGAUGUGUGCAAGAACUAUUUACUGUACAAAUAUUGACAAGAAGGUUACUCAAGCAGAUGUCAAACUUUUCUUUGAAUCAAUCUGUGGAGAGGUCCAACGCCUUAGGUUACUUGGAGACUACCAUCAUUCAACCCGGAUUGCUUUUGUGGAGUUUGUAAUGGCUGAAAGCGCAAUUGCGGCUCUGAACUGCAGCGGUGCAGUUUUGGGAUCACUACCAAUAAGGGUAAGCCCGUCAAAGACGCCUGUUCGCCCUCGCAGUCCUCGCCCAUCCUUGCACUGAAAUGCCCGUGUGUCUCCUGGACUGAUCUCAUUCUGAUGAACAUAUUUACAUACACAUACAUGGUUAUAGAGAUGUUUUAAGGAACUUGUGGCGUUUAUAUUUAUAGUUUUCUCUGCAUUUUGGGUUGCCUACAUGGGAUAUUUAUGGUCUGUUGGUUCAGUUUGUAGAGUUGGAUAGAAAUUUCGAGGUUUUGGAUGGUUCAAUUUAUGUUGAAGUUGCACAUUUUGUUGAACCCCCAUUGCAGAAAAACUGAAAUACUUUCCUGAUGUUUCUAACUCCUGAACAUUAUUGACACCUUUUCUUUUA